AUGGAAACCAACUCGGUUUCCAAAUGGGUUUUGCUGUUCUUGAUUGUAAUCCAAAUGGGUGUUCAAGUGAUUGAAGGUAGUGUGACAUAUGAUAGCAAAGCCAUUGUCAUCAAUGGUCAAAGAAGAAUCCUCAUUUCUGGUUCUAUACAUUAUCCUAGAAGUACCCCUGAGAUGUGGGAAGAUCUUAUAAUGAAAGCUAAAGAUGGAGGCCUUGAUGUGAUUGAAACUUAUGUGUUUUGGAAUGUUCAUGAACCUUCUCAGGGCAAUUAUAAUUUUGAAGGGAGAUACGAUUUGGUGAGGUUCUUGAAGACAGUGCAAAAAGCAGGGCUUUAUGCUCAUCUAAGAAUUGGACCUUAUGUUUGUGCUGAAUGGAAUUUUGGAGGAUUCCCAGUUUGGCUCAAGUAUGUUCCUGGCAUUAGCUUCAGAACUGAUAAUGAGCCAUUUAAGAGGGAAAUGAAGGGUUUCACUGAGAAGAUUGUGAACAUGAUGAAGAGUGAAAAAUUGUUUGAAUCUGAAGGAGGCCCAAUAAUCCUCUCUCAGAUUGAGAAUGAAUAUGGGUCCAUAGGGAAGUCACUUGGAGGUGCUGGACAUAACUACAUGACUUGGGCUGCAAAUCUGGCCGUUGGAUUGGGUACCGGUGUCCCAUGGGUCAUGUGCAAACAAGAUGAUGCCCCAGAUCCUAUUAUUAACACAUGCAACGGUUUCUAUUGUGACGCUUUCUCCCCGAACAAGCCCUACAAACCGACCAUUUGGACCGAGGCUUGGAGUGGAUGGUUCACGGAGUUCGGUGGUCCAAUCCACGAGCGACCCGUGCAAGAUUUGGCAUUUGGUGUUGCUCGAUUUAUACAGAAGGGUGGAUCGUUCUUUAACUACUAUAUGUACCAUGGAGGAACGAAUUUUGGCCGCUCUGCUGGAGGCCCUUUCAUCACUACCAGUUACGACUAUGAUGCUCCACUUGAUGAAUAUGGCUUGAUCAGACAACCAAAAUACGGGCAUUUGAAGGAGCUUCACAAGGCUAUCAAGCAAUGUGAGCCCGCUUUGGUUUCGGCAGAUCCUACCAUCACUUCUUUGGGAAACCUUCAGCAGGCGCACGUAUUCUCGUCCAAAUCGGGGCACUGUGCGGCUUUUCUUGCAAACUACAACACAAACAACGCUGCGAAAGUGAUGUUUAAUAACAUGCACUAUACUUUGCCGCCUUGGUCCAUCAGUAUCCUUCCGGAUUGCAGCAAUGUUGUCUUCAAUACUGCUAAAGUCGGAGUUCAAUCAACGCAAAUGGAAAUGUUACCGACCAAUGCCGAGCUGUUCUCAUGGGAGACGUAUAAUGAAGAUACAACCACUGUUGACGAUAGUUCGACUUUCACUACUUCGGGUCUAUUGGAGCAAGUUAAUGUCACUAGAGAUAAUAGUGAUUAUCUUUGGUAUACAACGAAUGUCGAGAUUGGUUCGACCGAAUCCUUUUUGCGAGGUGGGGAGCGUCCCAAACUCUUGGUGCAAUCAACGGGCCAUGCUCUUCACGUGUAUAUAAACGGAGAACUUUCAGGUUCGGCUUUUGGAACACGAGAAAAUAGGAGAAUUACGUACAAAGAAAACGUCAAUCUCCGGCCCGGAAAUAACAAAAUAUCACUACUUAGCGUUGCCAUGGGAUUGCCGAACAUCGGCGGGCAUUAUGAAACAUGGGAAACGGGCGUCAUGGGUCCAGUCGCACUUUAUGGUCUCGACCAAGGAAAACAAGAUUUAUCGUGGGCAAAAUGGACCUACCAGGUCGGGCUGAAAGGUGAGGCCAUGGACGUUAUUUCGACGAACCGCAUGUCGUCCGUUGAAUGGUUGCAGGGUUCUCUUAUCGCUCAAAAGCAACAGCCGCUAACAUGGCACAAGGCUUCCUUCAAUGCACCUGCAGGAGACGAGCCAUUGGCUUUAGACAUGACCAGUAUGGGCAAAGGUCAAGUGUGGAUCAACGGUCAAAGCAUCGGAAGAUACUGGACCGCCUACGCUACCGGUGAUUGCCAAGGAUGCCAUUAUGCUGGAUCUUACCGCCCACCCAAGUGUCAACUCGGUUGUGGUCAACCGACCCAACGAUGGUACCACGUGCCUCGAUCAUGGUUAAAACCAACGGAGAACUCGUUGGUGCUUUUUGAAGAACUGGGGGGAGAUCCCACUCGGAUAUCGUUGGUGAAGCGAUCGAUGACAACUGUAUGCGCUGAUAUGUUUGAAUAUCACCCGAACAUCAAGGACUGGCAUAUUGAAAGCUAUGGUAAGACACAAGAGCUCCGUAGACCAAAGGUUCAUCUCCAUUGCGGUCCUGGUCUAACCAUUUCCGCCAUUAAAUUCGCGAGCUUCGGAACUCCGUUGGGAACCUGCGGCACGUUCCAACAAGGAACUUGCCAUUCGCCUGCAUCGUAUGAUGUCGUUCAAAAGAAAUGCAUAGGAAAAGAGACAUGUGCGGUGACCAUAGCGAACAGCAACUUCGGUCAAGACCCGUGCCCGAACAAACUGAAACGAUUAACCGUCGAAGCUGUUUGUGCUCCGAAUUCACGGGGUUGAGUGCAAGAAGACGAAAGAAACACGAAACAGAAAUACUAAUCGACAAAUUUGUGAUUAGGGUAGCUUUAUUUAUUGGCUAUGGUAGGGUGUAUAUUAGUGAAGAUCCCAGGAGUUCUAAAUUGCGAGCUUCGUGAUGGAUCGAUCCAAGUCCUGGUCGUCUGGCGUUUUUGACCGGAAAGUAGAACCAGUUGGCGUUGAUUUACCCGAAUAUUUGGUGUGAUUUAUUUGGAGUUGUUUGUAUGAUCAUUAAGAUGGGGGGAUUUAGGUUCAGGUUUAGGAAUGGAUCCUAUUACUGAACUUUUUUUAAGUUAAUUGUGUGCAGUUUUUAAUGAAAAUAUAUUCUC